AUGGCAGAUUUCAAAGUCAUCAUCGUUGGUGGUGGCCUUGCAGGCGCCCUCCUAGCAAACGGUCUUCGCAACAACGGCGUCCAAUUCAUGGUAUACGAGCGCGACAAAGCAGACUCUAAUCGAGAGGGUUACCAGAUUCGACUAGGUCCUGGGUCCCAGGCAGGGUUUCGCGCAUGCUUAACCAACGAUCACAUUGACAGGAUAGCUGCUAAACUUGGAAAAUCAUCCGGCGCGCAAGCAACAGCACCUUCGCUAUACAACACAAGAUUCCAAGAAAUCGUCGACUUAGCGCAAUUGCCGACGUACACAAAGUCGGCUGGUAUUAACAGGGUCGUUCUGAGAGACAUACUAUUGGGACCCAUUAAGAAGAGUGGAACGAUCCAGUAUGGGAAAGGGUUUGACCGCUACGAGAUCUUUACUGAGAAAACCGGAAACGAGAGAGUCAAAGUCUACUUCUCCGAUGGUACGCAUGAUGUGGGCGAUUUGCUCGUAGGGGCUGACGGCGCGAACUCCAAGGUGAAUCGACAGCUUGGCUUGAACAACAUCAAACUUCUAGACAGCCAUUGGGCUUUUUUGUCGAAAGGUAGCCUUCCAGUCAACCGCAUGAUGAGUCUGCCUCCAAAACUGCGCCAAGGACCGAUUAUGGUCUUUUCCAAAAGCAUCUCGUUCUACUACGCUCUAUAUCUUCCAGGAGCGGAGGCUGCGGACGAACGGCACCAGAUAGCUGACGAGAAAGUUCCGUUACAAUACAACGAGUCGGAAGCAUCUUAUUACUGGGGUCUAGUUGUUCCGUCUGAUGUGCUUCCCUACAAGAAAGUCUCGGAGAUCGAAGACCAUAAGAAGGUUUGCCAUGAUGCGAUCAAGGACUGGGCUCCCGAGUUCCACAGCAUGGUCGACAUCAGAGACGAUGACACCGGCAAUACCGCCAUGCUUGUGACGCAGCUGCGCGCGAGUACACAGCCCAAGGCAGACUGGCGGAGACGGGCUCGAGAGUCAGGAAGCGACAAAGGACAUCCUCGGGUGUGGGUUGUGGGAGAUGCCAUGCAUGCUAUGCAGCCCAACCGCGGCCAAGGAGGUAACCAGGCAAUGGCAGAUUGCGCUGACCUGCUUCCUCAGCUGCUUCACCUCAACUUUCUUGCUAACAUUAGCCCGGCACAUCCGACGUACGAAGAGGUGAAGAUUUCGUGUGAGAAGUACGAGAAGGCGAUGAUGCCGCGAGCUUUCUCAUGGGUACGGAAGAGCGGGGGGACUAGCUUUCCGAAUAUCAAUUUGGAUGGCUUCCUGGGUACUGUGGUGUAUUUCGUAGCUAAGCUAGUCAUGCCGUUGCUGAAGUUGUACCUGACCGUCUUCCCACAGAAGAGCGAAGAAUAG